AUGCGUGAAUCAGAAAAGGCUGCGUUCCAUCGAUACCCUGAAAUGGAAUCAACACGCAUGUUGACUGAGCUGCUGGACGCACCUGAUCAAUACAACAACAUCCUUGAGUCGUUCAUCUCUCGUGUCACCUGUCGACUGGCCUGGGGCCACAGCGAAGGUAGUGACGAGUUGAAGCAACGCGCACGCGAACUUCUCAUUGGUGUCUCGCCCACAGGUUCCCUGAGCAACAAGCUUCCAUUCCUCAUGUCACUGCCGGACUGGCUCUCCCCACCCAAGGCUUGGGAGAGGCGACGCGCGACCACUGAGCGAACAUGGUUCCAGACCAUGCAAGAACAAGUCGUAAACGAUGUGCAGUCUGGUCAAGCAGCCCCAUCUUGGAUGAAAACCUUCCUGGAUGGUCGCAGCAAAUGGGGGUUCAAAUCUGAUACCGAAGGCGCAUAUGCUGUUGGCAUGCACGGUAUCGCUGGAGCUCUUACUAUCGCCGCUCCAAUGCAGACAUUCUGUCUGGCUAUGACACACUAUCCACAGUUCUUGCCGAUGUUACACGAGGAACUCGAUCGUGUCUGUGGAGACCGGAUGCCACGUUCAGAAGAUAGACCCAAUCUUCCUUUCUUGCGAGCCAUCAUUCGCGAGUGCAUUCGAUGGCGCCCACCAGUCCCCACUGGUAUUCCCCACUACCUGAUUCAGGACGAUGAGUACAACGGCUAUCAUAUUCCCAAGGGUAGUACCAUACAUCCUUUGGAAUGGGCCAUCUCCCGCGACCCUGAUCUAUACCCGGAUCCAGAAACCUUCAACCCUCUUCGAUGGAUCAAGCCAGAAUACCCCACCUACCAGGAACCUCUUUCUCAGUUCCCAACUAUAAUCAACUCAACGCAGUUCGGGUACGGCAGGAGGACUUGCACAGGGCAAGCUGUGGCAGAUGAAGAUCUACUGAUUGGCAUCGGCGCUAUCGCUUGGUUGUUCGACAUUAAGAAGUCACCGAGCGAUCCCAUCAUCAUGCCGGCCAUGAGCCCCAUGAAGGCAGAACAUACGAUCGGCAUGAAUGAGAAGGCCAACAUGUCAAACGAGGAGCUCAACGCAGGUCUUAACACAACUGAGCCAACCAUGGCAGAAAAGAUCCUUGCAAAGUUCACAUACCCUGGAUCUAAGCCAACGAACGACGCAACGCAGGAGAGAUCAAAGCCCGCUGAGCUGACCAGUCAGCCUCUGGAAUGGGGCGACAUCACCAAGAAACCCGAAGACCCCACACUCGACUACUCCAUCCUGCUCAUCGCGAAGCCCAUUCCCUUCAAAUUUGAUCUCAGGCCUCGCGACACGGUGCGAAUAGACACGGUCCGCGACCUCUUCAGAGAAGGCGUUGCAAACGGUGACUAUCCUGAAGCGAGGGCUUACUGGGGUGCAAACCAGGGACGUGAUAUGCCCUUGGGCUGGGCCAAAGUUUGA